AUGGCUCCAGUGAUGUUAACUAUCCUGCAGAUCAAUGGCUCCAAGUCUUCACCUGGAACUAUCCUGGAGAUCAAUGGCUCCAAGUCUUCACUGAUGUUAGAUCAAUGGCUCCAAGUCUUCACUGAUAGGGCAUACAUAGAAAACCAAGCAAACAUUGGUGCGGGCGCCUUUUCUGAACUCUCCUAUUUCUACGCAGCAGCCGAACACAACAUAGAUCCGCUUUUGAAGGAGAAAUAG